AUGUCGGCAUGGUAUACUGAACUCGUAGAAAAACCUAUAAAUUUACAAAUCGACCAUUUUUUUGGAACAGGAGAUAUUGCCAAAGUGAUUACUGAAGAUAGUGAUUUAAGUAAAAUAACGGUGAAGCAACUUAAAAAUGUGUCAGAUAUACUCAAUAAUAAGGAUAAUUGUUUUGGAAUUGAGAAAGAUAUCAAUGCUCGGAAAGGUUGGAUACCAUUAAAAGAUUAUCCUAACGAUCCAUUAAUAAAGGAUUAUUUGAAAAAAGAAACUCGGAGCGGGAAACGAGUCAUAGAACAUCUCAAAAAUAACGUCAUCCACAUGCAGAAAGAAACGGGAAAAGAUGGUGCAUUAACCAGGCAUGUGGGGGAUCAUCUCAAUGAUCUUAUUAAUAAAUUAGAACCUGCAGUCAUUGAUAAUAAUAAUGAAAAUGAGAAUGAAUUUGCAAUAGCAGGAAAUGAAGGCGUCGCUGAAGUGAUUGCUGUCAGUGAUCAAUUAAAUAAUGAUUUUAAAGUUGGUGAUUGGGUUGUGAUGGAGAAACCAGGAUUUGGUACAUGGUGCACACAUGCUAUUGCAAAUAGAAAUGAAGUCACUCGUAUUCCUAAUGACGGAAUUGGUUUGAUUCAAGCAGCAACAUUAACAGUUAAUCCAUGUUCAGCUUAUCGAAUGUUAAAAGAUUUUGUUGUUGAUUUAAAAGAGAAUGAUUUUGUGAUUCAAAAUGGUGCAAAUAGUGGUGUUGGUCAAUCAAUAAUACAAAUUGCAAAUGCAUGGGGAAUAAAAACUAUAAAUAUUGUUAGAAACAGACCAGAUAUAGAUGAAUUAAAAUCACAUCUUGGUUCACUUGGUGCUACUUAUACAGCAACUGAUGAAGAAUUAUCUCAUUUUAAAUUCAAGAAUACUAUUAAAGAUUUAUUAUUAGAACAUAAAACUUCAAGUGGUAUUAGACUAGGUUUGAAUUGUAUUGGAGGAAAAGCAACAACUGAUAUGAUAAAACAUUUAAGUGAAUCAGGGCAUGUUGUAACAUAUGGAGCAAUGUCUCAUCAACCAAUCACAAUUCCUGCAUCUUUAUUAAUCUUUAAAAACAUCAAAUUUCAUGGAUUUUGGAUGGCAAAAUGGAAUGAAUUGCAUCCAAAAGAGGAGCGCGUCAAGAUGCUUGAAGAAAUUGUUUCAUUGAUGAAAGAUGGCAAAUUCACUGAUAUGAGGAAUGAAGUGACGGUUUGGGGUGAUGAAAAUGAUAAUGAUGAAACUUUGAAAAAGAAAUUCUUUGCUGUUUAUGACAAAGCUGGUGCAGCAUUUAGUGGAAAGAAACAAAUUAUAAAAUUAAAAAAUACCAAUUAA